AAUAUAUAAUAAUAGGUGUAAGACGUCAGUCCAUUAAGCUUAAUCAAUGAAGCUAUUGGUGCUUGCUGCCUUCAUUGCGCUGUGUGCUGGCCACGUUAUCCCCGAUGUCCCAGGGGAUGAGAGCCGCUUUGUGGAAGAUGAUAACCGCUAUGUCUGGAUGGCUGAUGACGAGGGUAAUCAAGUGCUCGUAGACACGCAAGAACCCAUUGAUUAUGAGUUCAUAGCUAGGAAUGGUGCAAAUAACCAAUACUGGCUUUUCACAAGGCAAAACCCUACAAAUCGUCAAGUCAUUACGAACGGCAAUGUCAACUCUAUCCGCAACUCCAACUAUCGUGGCAACCGUCCCACAAAAGUAAUCGUUCAUGGAUGGAGAAACAGUGGAACAACUGAAAUGAAUCCGCUCAUCACGUCUGCGUUCCUCGCAGUUCAAGAUUGCAACGUCAUCGUGGUUGACUGGAGCCGCCUCGCCAGUAAUAUAAAUUACAACACUGCUGCAGCUGGUGUUCCUUCAGUUGGCCAAUUCCUUGGCAACUUCUUGGUAUGGCUCUUCAACAACGGCGGUGGUAACUGGAAUCAACUGCACUUGGUCGGGUUCAGUUUGGGCGCUCACGUCGUCGGCGUCGCUGGCCGUACUGCCGGUGGAAGACCAGGACGUGUUACAGGAUUAGAUCCAGCUGGCCCUGGUUGGCCAAACAACGGAAAUCGUCUCAGUAGAAAUGCUGGGCGAUAUGUCGAGGCUAUCCAUACCAACGGUCGUGAUCUUGGUAUCAUGAACCCAUCUGGUGACGCUGACUUCUAUCCCAAUGGUGGUAGAAGACAACCUGGUUGCGGAUCAACUUCCUGCUCUCACGGGCGCGCAAAUGAAUUCUUUGCUGCUUCUGUACGCAAUAAUCAUCUAGCUGGGCUACGAUGUGCUGAUAUCAGAGAAGCCGAGAAUAACAAUUGUCGCGGCAGUAGAUUUAACAUGGGAAAUGCAAUCGUAGGAAAAUCAGGAAGCGGACUCUAUGCUAUGACGACACGCGCCGCUUGGCCUUUCUGAACGGAUCACACUUUCAACCGACGGAUAUUUUAAUGUAUCUAAAUCUAAAAUAAAUUCUCUAUUAAAUAUA